UAAACUUCAAACACUUCCGCCACCUGGUCCACGUCGUCCGCAAAAAAGUGCUACAAACUACACUUUUCGGACUUCAGAUUUCAACCACAUUUUCACAAUUUUAUAAACAUGGCUGGACAAGGCCAAGGUCAGUUUGGCACAGAUGAUGGCUUCUUCCAGAGCAGCUAUGAUGCUGGAAGCAGUGGUUAUGAUCUGGGAGGAGGAGGAGGAGGAGGACAGGAAUACACACCUCAAGACACUCAAUUCGGUCAGUUUGACUACAAUAGUCAAUCUUACGGCUAUGACCAGUCCGGUUAUGACCAGUCCGGUUAUGGACAGCAGGUUGGGUCACCUUACGCAGGGUCCAUCUUGACCCCUGACCCUGUUGGACCACCAGGAGUGGAUAACUUUGAGGAUGAGCUGCCGCUGAUGGAAGAACUCGGGAUUAAUUUUAACCAUAUCAUACAGAAGACCCUAGCGGUGUUGAACCCCCUCAAAGAGCCUGACACCAGCAUCCUCAAUGAUACUGAUCUUGCCGGACCCCUCGUGUUCUGCCUCGCAUUUGGUGGCACUCUUCUCCUCUCCGGGAAGGUGCAGUUUGGCUACAUCUAUGGCCUGGGUUUGGUCGGCUGCCUGGCUAUGUACUGCCUCCUCAACAUGAUGAGCCUGACGGGGGUCAACGCGAGCGGUGUGGUGAGCGUGCUGGGUUACUGCCUUCUCCCGAUGGUCAUGCUCUCGGUCGUGGCCAUCUUGCUAUCUUUAAAGGGCAUGAUAGGGAUAGUGUUGACAGCUCUGACAGUCGGAUGGUGCAGUCUCUCGGCGUCCAAACUCUUCGUGACAUCACUCGCCAUGGAUCACCAGCAGCCACUGGUCGCUUACCCAUGUGCCCUAGUUUACGGUGUAUUUGCACUUCUGACAGUCUUCUAAGAAGAAUCAAUCGCAAAAUGGACUUGGACUUCUGAUGACAUUCCCUAUAUGAAAGGAUAGAUUUUGUGAGCUCAGAAACAACUUGUAUGUUCUUUCGGUAGUUGCAAGUAAAAAGAUUUAGAAAAUUCAAGACCCCAAUGACAUUGCAGUUAUUUUCAAAAGUGUUCAUAUAUGCCAUAAUAAAGUUCACAAACUCUGUUAUUAGCUUAAGGAUUUGUUUAUAUGACAAGUAACAAGUUUGAGUGCAGAUUCAGACCGAAUUCCUAACUGUGAAUUUAUGUCAUGGAGAGCUUAUAAAAAGCACACUGGAAACAGUCAAAAGCACAUUGAUACCUCAUUGUCAGUAUUGGCUGUCUUACUUAGAACACUGCUUGGGUGGAACUGUGAUUUUGACAGAAACGUUGUCAAGGUGCCUCAUUUUUUGGUCCCAUUUCAACUCCACCCUGGCAAUGUUUGACAAGGCAACUAUUACCUACAGUUCGGUAUCAAUUCAGAUGGGAUUUUAGCCCUUGCAUGAUAACAACAGUCAUCAAGACCGAGUUGUUAUAAACUCUGACCGCUCCUGCCAUCGUACGUCUCCAGGCGAUACCUGGGGAUCCCAACAUUGCCCCAGGAGACAGUUGUCUUCAGACCUCAGGGAUCGCCCGAGGUCAAACGAGGGGAUGAGCUCAGAUAUGCAAACAGGGGCAAGUUUGUUUCUUGCUUUGUAGAUGUGUAUAGUAUUGUUUUGAACAAUACGUUCAUAUAUAUGUUAUUCUCAACCAUCAAAUCAAGGUGUUGAAAGCAUUGUGCCUCUCGGUAACGUUCCUGUCAUGCAUGACAUGUGUUGUUAGGUCCGCUUGGAAGCUGUUGUAGUUCAGAGCAAAGAAUAUGUACAGUCGAUGCCCGAUAAUGAACGAGGAACCACAAUGUGGCUGCUUGCUUUGUAGUGUGGGCAGACUGACUCAGACAGUAAAAAGGUGAAAGCUGUAACUCCUGUCAGGCAGUCAAGACUAAAAUGGACUGGAUGGGGUAUCUAGGACCUGGGUGUUCUCUGGAGAGAGGGGUGGGGUGCCCUUUGCACCUGCAGCAUGAACAUCUGGAGGUGACCAACCGGCAUUUCCUCGCAGCAAAGAACACCCUGUAGAAAGUUUAGAAAUGUCAUAACACAUCCCAUAUGGUUGAUUUGUGUUUGGUAAUUGUAUUUUGUAUGCUAUGUUCAAUUAAAUCCCACUGAAAU